UGGGCGGUGCACAGGGACCGGGUGGGGGUCAGCGGCCUUCGAGUCCGCGGCCUUCGAGUCUUGGGGCGGCGGCGGCGGCGGGCGCGGGCGCGGGCACGGGCACGGGGCGGGGCGCUUAGCGGGCAGGAGGCGCGCGCCUGGCGGCGGAGUGCGGCGGGAGGCCGGGCCCGCGCGGCCAUGAACCUAGAGCGGCUGCGGAAGCGCGUCCGGCAGUACCUCGACCAGCAACAGUACCAGAGUGCUCUAUUUUGGGCAGAUAAAGUAGCUUCACUCUCUCAUGAGGAACCCCAGGACAUCUAUUGGUUGGCUCAAUGUCUUUACCUGACAGCACAAUAUCACAGAGCCGCCCAUGCACUUCGGUCACGAAAACUGGACAAAUUGUAUGAAGCAUGUCGUUACCUUGCAGCUAGGUGCCAUUAUGCUGCAAAAGAGUACCAGCAGGCUCUUGAUAUUCUUGAUAUGGAAGAGCCAAUCAACAAAAGAUUAUUUGAAAAGUACUUGAAGGAUGAAAGUGGCUUCAAAGAUCCCUCCAGCGACUGGGAAAUGUCACAGUCUUCAAUAAAGAGUUCUAUUUGUCUUCUACGCGGGAAAAUCUAUGAUGCUCUAGAUAACCGAACCCUGGCUACCUACAGCUACAAAGAAGCUUUGAAGCUUGAUGUCUACUGUUUUGAAGCAUUCGAUCUUUUAACGUCACACCACAUGUUGACAGCACAAGAAGAAAAAGAACUUCUUGAAUCACUACCUCUUAGCAAGCUGUGUAAUGAAGAACAGGAAUUGCUGCGUUUUCUAUUUGAGAACAAAUUGAAAAAAUAUAAUAAGCCUAGUGAAACGGUCAUCCCUGAGUCUGUAGAUGGCUUGCAAGAGAAUCUGGAUGUGGUAGUGUCUUUAGCUGAGAGACAUUAUUAUAACUGUGAUUUUAAAAUGUGCUACAAGCUUACUUCUGUAGUAAUGGAGAAAGAUCCUUUCCAUGCAAGUUGUUUACCUGUACAUAUAGGGACGCUUGUAGAGCUGAAUAAAGCCAAUGAACUUUUCUAUCUUUCUCAUAAACUGGUGGAUUUAUAUCCUAGUAAUCCUGUGUCUUGGUUUGCAGUGGGAUGUUACUAUCUCAUGGUCGGUCAUAAAAAUGAACAUGCCAGAAGAUAUCUCAGCAAAGCCACAACACUUGAGAAAACCUACGGACCUGCAUGGAUAGCCUAUGGACAUUCAUUUGCGGUGGAGAGUGAGCACGACCAAGCGAUGGCUGCUUACUUCACAGCAGCACAGCUGAUGAAAGGGUGUCAUUUGCCUAUGCUGUAUAUUGGAUUAGAAUAUGGUUUGACCAAUAACUCAAAACUAGCUGAAAGGUUCUUCAGCCAAGCUCUGAGCAUCGCACCGGAAGACCCUUUUGUUAUGCAUGAAGUCGGCGUGGUUGCAUUUCAGAAUGGAGAAUGGAAAACAGCCGAAAAAUGGUUUCUUGAUGCUUUGGAAAAAAUUAAAGCAAUUGGGAACGAGGUAACAGUUGACAAAUGGGAACCUUUGUUGAACAACUUGGGGCAUGUCUGCAGAAAACUUAAAAAGUAUGCUGAGGCCUUGGAUUACCACCGUCAGGCACUGGUGUUGAUUCCUCAGAACGCAUCCACCUACUCUGCUAUUGGAUAUAUCCACAGUCUGAUGGGCAACUUUGAAAAUGCUGUGGACUACUUCCACACAGCCCUUGGUCUUAGGCGAGAUGAUACAUUUUCUGUUACAAUGCUUGGUCAUUGCAUCGAAAUGUACAUUGGUGAUUCUGAAGCUUAUAUCGAUGGAGUUUCGCUCUUGUUGCCCAGGCUGGAGUGCAAUGGCGCAACCUCGGCCCACCGCAACCCCUGCCUCCCAGGUUCAAGCGAUUCUCCUACCUCAGCCUCCCGAGUAUCUGGGAUUACAGGAGCAGACAUUAAAGACAAAUUAAAAUGUUAUGACUUUGAUGUGCAUACAAUGAAGACACUAAAAAACAUUAUUUCACCUCCGUGGGAUUUCAGGGAAUUUGAAGUAGAAAAACAGACUGCAGAAGAAACGGGGCUUACGCCAUUGGAAACCUCAAGGAAAACUCCAGAUUCCAGACCUUCCUUGGAAGAAACCUUUGAAAUUGAAAUGAAUGAAAGUGACAUGAUGUUAGAGACAUCUAUGUCAGACCACAGCACGUGACUCCAGUCAGUGGUCCUGGUCCCACUGUCCCAGUGUAGGUUAGUAUUCCCUCACAUCCUCUCCAUGGCUUAAGGAUGUCCCACUUCCUAACGUGACUCCAAACUGCAUCUCUACAUUUAGGAACAGAGACCUGCCUUAAGAGACUGGAUCGCACACCUUGGCAACAGAUGUGUUCUGAUUCUCUGAACCUACAAAAUAGUUAUACAUAGUGGAAUAAAGAAGGUAAACCAUC